AUGAGCGCCACAACACGUACUGGAUUAAUUCCCACGCCCAAGAGGCAUGUCAAGUAUCUUAAAAAACGCAAAAAUCAACAUGGAGAUAUAUCGCGAAUGCCCCUCAAGUUUGAGGCCACGCCCAUGCCGCUGUCGUUGCGUCCGUUUGGAGGCCUCUUUAAUCCUUUCGCCAAGGGAUGCUCGGUGCUGUGCAAUCAUCCCGCACCUUCUGGGGUUAAGGAUGUGAUUAACCAGCUGAAGACUUCGUUGGCGAUCGAGGGCAAAGGCCAGCAGCAUGGAAAGCAGGAUAAAAUUCCUGAGGAGCCGGAGCUGCAGCCCCAUGAGGCGGAUAAUAUUCCGGAGGAUCUGUUCCGGCGAUAUGCGGAAACGGAUUCGCGGCCGAUGACGCCAACGCCCACGGUAACGAGUAUCCAUACCAGAACCAGUGCUGGGUCAUUCUAUCGCCGAUGCAUUACUCCGGAGUGGGGCAAGCACGAGAAUAUAAAGCGGAAGAAGAUCAUACUGGAUCUCCGCAGAUCCCACUCCCAGGAGACGCUCUACUGGAAGCCCAGUUCGGAGUUGACCCAAAGCGGCCUGGAGGAGGACAAGAAGCCCAAGAGUGCCGGUGCCAACGAGGACAAGAAGCCGAAGAGGCAGCCCUCCAACGAGCAGAGACCGAAGUCCUCUCUGGCCACAGCAAACCUGGCACCAGGCGGAGAUGCCACCAAUGAUCCGGAGGCCAAGCCCAAAACCUGCAUCAAUGAGCACGAACUCAGCGACGAGGAUGUGCGAAGGGGCAAGAAGCGCAAGAAGUUGAAGCCAGCUCAAGCCACCACCACAUUCCACCUAAGUGAGGAUCCCGAGACGCAGGUGGCUGCUUUAGGUCCCGAUUCACUCAAUCCCAGCACCAGACCCAGUUUGAUACCCAACUCACUCACCUUGUUGCCCAAGGAUAAGCGAGAAACUGAGCGGGAACCGAUCCUCCUGAAGGGCAGUUUCCUCACCGAUGAAGCCUUUCAGGCGUUGAAAACCGAUUUAGAUGUGGAUCUUAUAGAAAACACCUUUGGAAGAUACCUUAAUAGAGCUCUUAGAGAGGCGAUUAAGUACAUGCCGCCAAAACCGAAAACUGUGCCGAAGCCAGUCGAUGAUAAAGUUCCACCAGAAACAACGUCCAAAAUGCCGCGAAAGUUCUCCAAAUCAGCGACCAGAUUCGAUGUACCCAUGGAUCUUUCCAUGCUAAAAAAUAUGACGCCCUGGGAUUAUUUGAGCAAGUGCGUCUGGGUAUCGCAUCAGAGAAAACAGCUGUAUAAGCGAGUAUUCUUAAAGUACUUGAGUAGAAUCGAGGAGCCGGAAAGCGAGUUGGCCGCCAUGGGGAAUGAUGAGCUGCCGGAAUACACAUACCGUGAAAGAACCCUCGUCUGGCAGAGCCUGCCACAAGCUCUCGAGGAUGUCCUGGAGUUCCAUGGCACCGAGGAGAACGUGCAGGGCACACUAAGAAUGUUGGGCUACGAUGCCCAAGGAUCGGGUGACUUGGAUUUCCGCGCCUGGUGCGGAAUUGUGUCCUUCGCUGAAAGAUUGGCACUUGCUGAUGAGUCUGGAUCGGAUGAUUCGUGCGACGAGCUGGAGAAGGCCGACUUCAACAGCAUGGAGCAAAUAAUGCAGGACUUCACUGUGCCCGAGAAACUCAAGGAAAUUUUCGAUGUAAUUCGAAAGACACAUAAAAAUAGAUACUGA